AUGAUGGAAGAUGAUGAAUAUUAUCAUUAUGAUGAUGAGGAAGAAGAACCAUUGGAUCAACAAACAAACACAACAAUACAAUUUAAUCAUCCUAAUAUUAGAAAUGAUGAUGUAAAUCAUAUUCCGCAAUAUUCGGAUCCGAAUAUUGAUGCUGCAGCAAGUCCGAAAUUCAAACCUUCUUUCAACAACCAUAAUAAUAGUAAUACUAACAUUCCUUCCUAUCCUCUUAAUCCUAAUUAUUAUUAUGAUAAUAACAAUUAUCAUCCUAGUACGAGUAAUAAUUAUAAUGAUAAUAAUAAUAAUUUGAUGAUCCAUUCAGAGGAUGCCAUGAACGAAGCCUUACCAUCCUCUCCCAGUUCCGAAGAUUCCACAACAACACUCAAAAACAGAAUGAGCGGAGAAGUAGCACCAAGUUCUUCCAAUGCUUUUUCUAAAUCUUCGGAAGAACAAGGACAAGGCAACAGCAACACACAUUCAUCUUCUCAACGAAAUUAUAUUGAUGAUGAUGAUAUCUUGUUUGAAAAUCAAGAAAAGCAAUUACAAACUCAAAAGUAUUUAACCAUUGUACCUUAUGAAAUUGCAUAUCAUGAAGGCCAAUUACUGACUUGUGUGAGGGUUAAUCGAUUACCUAUUUUGGUGAACAAGUUGGUGGAAGAAGUUAAUCAAUAUUUGCAACAAGAGAGAGUAGCAUCGAAUGACGAAGAAAAUCAUCAUCAUGCCGAAGAAAUUGAGGAUGAAGAAAAAGUGGUCGAUGUCUAUGCCAUACAAACACUCUUUUUGAAUUGUAUUAUGAGGAUUGAUAAGUUUAAUAAUGAGAGUGAAGUGUAUCAACAUGUUAGAAAACGAGUAUUUGAUAAUUUACAAAAUGUAAUGAGCCCACCUGAUUAUUAUCCAUUCAAUUACCCAACAUUCUAUGGAGAGGAUCAUGAUAUCGAGCAAAUUGAAUCCUAUAACAAAUUAAUGGAAUCUGACGAAAUGAAAGAAUCUCGAAAAUCCUAUCAAACGAAAUACACAGCUCAAUGGACAAAACAAGAACGGAAAAAGUUCAACGAAGGGCUCAAAUUAUUUGGUUACGGUCAUGAUAGUAAUAAGAAAAUUGCUGAAUAUAUGGGCUCUCAUAUUCAUCCCAAUCAAGUAGCACAUGAAAAACAACGUCUACAACUCUCGCAUCAGAAAAAACGAAAAAAGACAAAGAAAUAG